AUGCAGAGCUCUGCCUUCUCUCUGGUGAGCUUUUCAUCGUUUAUUGUCCUCCUCCUCGGGAUCUCUUUGUAUACCCAAGAGCAGGGGUUAUCCCAGAUUUUCUCAACGCUGUCCCAUCGCGCAGGACUCUCAAGCUGGAACACAUGGUUUCAUCCACAGCGCGCGGGUCCAGAUCCGCCAAGAGAACGACGAAAAGGAUGGAAUAUAUUGUACCAUCUGGGAGGAUAUGGGCCGUGGAUUGAGAAAGUAGAUGGGACUGCUUCUACUAUUGGCCAGGGUGACGCAGUCGCACCGCCUGUAGGGUGUGUAGUUGAUCAGAUACAUGUGAUGUCCCGUCAUACUGAACGUUAUCCGACUAAAUCAGUGGGAGACCGGCAUCUGGACCUUCUGUCCCGGAUCAAAGAAGCGAGCGUUGCCCUGAAUGGCUCCCUUGCAUUUGUCAAUAACUGGACUUAUUUUACAGACGAACCGUCCAAAGACUUGGAUCAAUUGACCACCACAGGACCGUAUGCAGGGACGCUGCAAGCAUUCACGGCAGGCGUUCGGUUUCGGACGAGAUAUGCGAAUCUUUUACCAAAGCGCAAAAUUCGUCUAUGGGCGAGUGAUUCUCAGCGGGUAAUUGACACUGCACGCUACUUUGCCUCGGGACUUUUGGGUUCCAUGUGGGAAAAAGACGGGAUAGCAGAGCUGCAGAUUAUACCGGAGACCUUUGAGCGUCGCGCUGACACGCUCACACCGGGGGAUACAUGUCUCAAAUAUCUCGAGGACACGGAGUUAGGUCAUGAUAAUGGUGCUAACAUGCAAUCACUCUUCCGAGACUCUUAUGCCCCUGAGAUUGCCGACCGUCUGCAAUCGGAAGGCAAUGAGGCUUUGGGGCGCUUAACCAAUCUUGACAUCUUCAGCAUGCAGGAAAUGUGUGGGUUUGAAACAAUAGUGCGUGGGUUCAGCCCUUGGUGCGAUGUAUUCACUGAGGAUGAAUGGGACCACUUCGAGUAUGCGAGGGAUCUGAUACACUACUACCGUGCUGGUCCUGGAAACCCCUAUGCAGGUGCUAUGGGUUGGCUCUGGCUAAACGCUACAGCGGACUUGCUACAGGACGGUCCAGAUGCUGGGACAAUGUUUCUAAGCUUUGUACAUGAUGGUGACAUCGCCCCACUGCUUGUCGCUCUGGACAUCUUAUCCGAUCAGGCUUAUGAUCCUCAUCUACCGACGUCGCACAUCGCUGCAGACCGUGUCUGGCGCACAGCAGCGGUCCUACCCAUGGGUGGCCGGGUCACCUUCGAACGGUUGGUCUGCGGCUCCUCAGCUGAGACUUCCCCAUCGAAUAACGUCUUCGUCCGGGUCAAUAUUAACGAUGGUAUCGUACCUCUUUCAGAAUGCAGUUCUGGCCCUGGCUCGAGUUGUCCCCUCAUGGAGUUUCUGCAUUUCGUGCGCAGGAGGAAGGAGGAGGUCGGCGAUUUCGCUGAAGUCUGCGGUCUGGAUGGGGAUUAUCACUUUGUACCGCCAGAAGAACGAGCGAGAGAUGAAAAAGGAAAUCUCCUCCCCUGGGGUUAUGUCUACAAGGACGAAUCUCGCAAUCCUCGUCGACCGCCAGAAGAGACUGGACCGUUUGGCAAGAGACGCAACGCUCGUUAUGACCACGCUCGGUCGCGCACUCGCACUGGAACCCCUGCAAAAAAGGAAAACCCUAAUGUCGCAGAGUUCAACCGACUCUUCACUCAACAGCAAGAGGAAGAAAGGGCGCACAGUAGCCUGCCGAAGUCAUCAUCUGCGUCAAGCCUUGAAGGAUCGCGAAAACCGAUCGAGAAGGUUGCUACCGAGUGCAUACUCUAUGGAUACCGAAACAAAGAUUCGGAGUGGAAGGUGAUAGACAAAUACGAGCGCAUCUCUCAGGGUCUCAUCUGCGAGGACUACCCGCGCAGCGAUCCUAAUGCUCCGAACACGUUCUCUCAGUUGUUGAGUGGUGGUGACGUUGUCAUUCGGGCCAAUCUUUCUGCGGAUGCUAAUCGCAAAUCGAAGAGAUAUGCCGGAGGUUACCACUGGAUAAAGGUCACCUUUGACUCCACGAUAGCCGCUGACCGCGCGUGCUAUUUUUCGCCGCAAGAAAUCGACGGCCAUCUUGUUUUCUGUGAGCCCUACCAUGGCCAAGGUCCGCUUGAAGAUGCCCCGAUCCCAAAGGGGUCUGCAGCUGCUAGUCGGUCGAAGUCCAAGGCUCAUCACACCCUUACGCCUUCCUAUUCUACAUCCUUCCUACAACACACUGAACCGGAGAGAUCUACCCUCCCACGGUCAUUCACCGUCGGCAAUCUCGCGAACGUGGCCGGUGCGGGGGACGACGAAGGUGAUUCGCAACUGUCCACUGCGACAGCGAGCUCAGCUACGGCCACGGCAAUUGAACAGGUUACAGGUGCUCGUCAACGCCAAAACGUAGAGACGAAGCCUGAGUCCGAAUUCAUGACGCAUCUUCCAAACGUCCGACGCGCGACCCUCCGUCCUAUCACCGAAGCACUACCUCCUCAGCCAACUGUUAGUGAGCGAGUGUUGCGUUCUAUCCCGAUACUGAGCUGGUUUACUGGUGAUAUUGUGGGCGAUGGACCUCAGCUACGCGAAGAUGGAACUUUCGACUAUGAAAAAUCGAAUCUCUAUUGGCGCCUAUGGUACAUGGUCGACAUGAUAUUCGGUACUGAUAUUUGUGGCCUCAAGGAAGAAUCGUGAGAGCCUAGCUGCCUCACCUAUCAUUUCCUGACUGGUCAGCGGCACGGCUUUUCUCGAACAUGGACACUUGGAAGUGUCAUUGAGAUCACAACAGAUUACCCAGUGUUGAUAGACAGCCUUGGCAAGGAAUAUCUGUGUGGAUGUUCCAGAUGCGGUGGACGAGUUCCUAUAGAGGGACUUACAGAUGUCAUCGCAGCUUCAUGGCUUCCACGCUCGGGAGAUUCCAACUGCAGCCAGAACUCUAAGAAUGCACAUUCAUGCGUACAGGAGUUGGGAUUGGCUCGAAAAAUGUGUGCUCUGCAAUUUUCGACGUUCCGUUUGUUGGUGCAUGGUUGCCUCAUCCAAAG